CCUUCUGGUUCGUUACACUCCCUACUUCUACAUCUCUAUAAAAGAGUGAGUCCUUCACCUGGAUGGCUCAUACUUCCAGUGCUCAGCAGAUAUGGCACCGGUGACCGGCUCUCUCAUUCUUCUAAUUUUGUGCUGUGCAGGGGCCUUAGCAGACAACCAUGGCAAACCACCACGACUACCAGAGAAACCUGGAAAAUGUCCCCUAGAUCCAUUAGCAAAGUGUCCUCCUAAAAUUUCUCCUGAUCGGUGCAAAUUGGACGAUGGCUGUUAUGGAAAACUAAAGUGCUGCAGGGUUCGGUGCGCCAGACGAUGCAUAAAACCCAUGGAGGAGAAACCUGGAAAAUGUCCCCUAGAUCCAUUAGCAAAGUGUCCUCCUAAAAUCUCUCCUGAUCGGUGCAAAUUGGACGAUGACUGUUAUGGAAAACAAAAGUGCUGCAGGAUUCAGUGCACCAGACGAUGCAUAAAACCCAUGGAGGAGAAACCUGGAAAAUGUCCCCUAGAUCUAUUAGCAAAGUGUCCUCCUACAAUUACUACUGAUGAGUGCAACUUGGACGAUGACUGUCCUCGAAAACAAAAGUGCUGCAGGGUUCGGGGCGCCAGAGAAUGCAUAAAACCCAUGGAGGAGAAACCUGGAAAAUGUCCCCUAGAUCUAUUAGCAAAGUGUCCUCCUACAAUUACUACUGAUCGGUGCAACUUGGACGAUGACUGUCCUCGAAAACAAAAGUGCUGCAGGAUUCAGUGCGCCAGAGAAUGCAUAAAACCCAUGGAGGAGAAACCUGGAAAAUGUCCCCUAGAUCCAUUAGCAAAGUGUCCUCCUAACAUUUCUCCUGAUAAGUGCAAAUCGGACGAUGACUGUCCUGGAAAACUAAAGUGCUGCAGGACUCCGUGCGCCAGACGAUGCAUAAAACCCAUCAAGGAGAAGCCCGGGACAUGCCCACCACCACCACUGACCGUGUGCUCAGCCGAUCUGCCACCUGGAAAAUGUGAAGUGGACAGUGAUUGUCCAGGAAAACAGAAAUGCUAUGUCAUGUAUAGGCCAGAGUGCAAUCAUGUGUAAUAAGUGAUGUGAGGCGGCCGGAUGCAUCUCCGUCCCUCACAGUGGAGGACACAUCGCCGAUCAGCCUCAGUAAUUCUCUCUUCUCGCGGCUUUUCCUUCUCUAGUUGCAGAUAACCCUGGGAGGUGACAGCGGUGAAGACACUCAGGGCCGGAUCCGCUGCCCCAGGUGCCCAGUCUGAAUACACCCCCAUUAUAGCCAGAUUCCUCCUCCUUCUCAGCGAUCAUAGUGACAUUUAUCAAUGUAAUAAAGCAGAAGAUGAAAAAUGA